CGGAUUAUUAAAACAAAAGGAAAAAAAUAUGAGAGAGAGAAAGAGAGGGGAAAUUCAGAAACGAUUCACGUGAAACGUGAACGUAACGCGGUAAUAUUUAUGAGACUCGGGAUGCAAUAUUGCAUGUUGCAUGCGAUUUACCCGCGGAUAAAGGGCUGCUUAAUUAUUACGUUUCGAUUAGGCGUGGAAUCUUCCAUCUCUCGUGUACGCUUUUGCUGCGUGUACCAACUCGGCGAGAACAAAGGACAAAAGAAAUAUCACGGAGUGGUGGAAGAAGGGCCGAGGGCGAGCCGAUCGGCCGCUCGCUCGCUCGCCUCGGAAUUUCGAGUUGGCGAUUGCAUUGCGCGCGUAGAUCGUUCGAUUCGAUUAACAACCGCGCGGAGUAACACGCGGAAGACAUUUCUACAAAUUUUUCCCGCGCCUCGUAAUUCUCCUCCCCUCCCCCGUUCAAAGAUAAAUCGAUGAUACGUGAAUACGUAUCUUUCCGUUUCUUUCGAUUCGAUACGAUUGUUCGCAACGAGAUGUUAAAAUUUUACCCGAAAUCUUUCGUAAAAAUGAUAAAAAAAAGAAAGAAAGAAAGAAAGCAAGUAAUACAAUAUAAUUUCGUGGAACCCUUGGAAAGCGCGAUUGACGAGCACCGGAAUAGAAACCAUUUUCCACGAUGAGAAAAGAAAAGGAAAGAAAAGAGAAGAAAGGAGAGAAAAAAAAAGAAGGGGGGAGAGGGUAGGGAUAAUCUUGAACGAGGAAUUUUAAUUAAAAUCCACGGUUAUCAGCCUCGUGUUGCCGAACAGAAGACGAAGGAACCCCGAAAGAACAUCGAAAAAAUACCACGAAUGACGAACGAAACGGCCCUACCUUUCUCUCUCCUACCUUUCAAUCCUCCCUCCUUUUGUAGAUCGUCACGCGUAUUAUUUAUUCACGUCACGGUUCACGAAGAUCGAAGAAUACCCGAAUAUACGCUCUUUCUCGCUUUAGGUUAGGUAGCUGAAAGGUGUGUACGAAAAGGGAAGGUUGGCGUGAGUUGGCGUUGGAAAGAAGGGAGGGUGAAGGGAGGGGACAACGAGGAUGCGAGGAGUAAUAAGUCGAGAUAACGAGGCUUUUCGAUGCCCCACCCCCUUUGGACCGGCAUCGAAACGGAAAAUUAAUUAAGUGACUCCCAAGAUUCGCCGGGUAUUCUUAACCUUCGAAGACACAAUGAACGAGAAAUUAUGCGAGGGAGAGACCGAGAGACGAGCGGGGCCCGAUUCGACGGGGGUGAGAGCGAGACGGAGCGAGGAGGAAGAUAGCCGGCUAUCAGGGUCAUUAGUUACGGAUGUCCCGUCCGAACCGGGACCACUCUCGUCUCGAUAAACAGGAGGCCUUGCGCUCCAGACAGUCGGAGAGAAAAGAAGGCGGCCCAGCGGGGGGAAGUUUCGAGGAUAGAGGGAGGGGGAGAAAAAAAAAGAGGAGGAAGGAAGGCACACAAGGGGGAGGAGUGAUGGAAGGAGGUGGAGAGAGACAGAGAGAGAGAGAGAGAGAGGGAUAGGGCUGGAAUAAUAAUUAUAGGGCCGGUAAUAUAACGGUCAGGAUGCCCGUUAUCUGGCACUCUUAAAGUGCACUACGUUGUUUGGUAGAUAGGAGAGGUUCCUUUCCAUUUCUCGUCACUCGUCGCUCAUCUUCUCGCCUUUAUCUAUCCCGUCUCCACUUCAAACCACUACCUACCGAGCACCUAUGUCCGAACACGAGAAAUUCUCGUGAAUCUUGGAGAGAUCGACGGUGUGCAUGAUCGAGUGUACGUGAGUCGCGAACCGAAAUCUCGUUUACGUAAGAUUCUCCGUGUGGAAGGAGAUUACAUCGAGGAGAGAGAGAUUCCGUGCCCUGGUUCGUAUCGGUCGUUCGCGACAAUCGAUUUCGCGACGCGGGGAAUCUCGUUGGCGAACGUGGCGUAUGCCCUCCGAGAAGGGUGGUGAACGGCAGAAAACGGUGAAGUUUCCACGUCACGUAAUCCUCGGUACGAGAGGACACGCGAGGACACACAAACGGGGAAUAAAAUAGGCGCUCGACGCAUUCAGCAGCGUGACGAAUCACGGCUGGUGGACGCAACACGGACACGCGUGAAAAGAUCGGCGAGUCGGUGUGUCCGACCGCCUUUCACGAAAGAUACGGAGAGAUUUUCAACGACUUAUGGGAGUGGAGCGUGAAGAGCGGGGACCAGUGGCGAGGAAAAAGAUAGGUACGACACCGCGUACGCCUGCGAGGGGAAAACAUUGUGGAUCGAGUGCGGGGAGGGAAAGCUGAUCCAUCUUAUCAGAGCGAAUUACGGAAGGUUCUCGAUAACGAUAUGCAACGAGCACGGGAACACCGACUGGAGCGUCAAUUGUAUGUCGCCCAAAUCCUUCCGGGUGCUCAACAGCGAGUGCAACGACCAGCAGAACUGCAGCAUUGUUGCAUCGACGCUGCAAUUCGGCGAUCCCUGUCCCAACACGCACAAGUACCUCGAGGCGCAUUAUCGUUGCCUGUCCGCGGCAACGACCACGACAACGUCCCGUCCGAGUCCUCCGUGGUUCAUGACUUCUCAGCCGAGCGUUUGGAGCACGGCUAAGCCGACUGUCAGGCCUCCCUCGAGGAUUACGACACCCUCGGCUCAGCAACCGCCGCAGCCACCAGCACCGUCCACCCCGGCGCUCCCAAUAACCACCACUCCAAGUCCUACGUCGACGAGGUCGCCGCUCGAUAUGGAGGUCGAAGUGGACCAAGACUUAAUAUCUCCUGCGAACGUUCCGUCUGCGAAUGCACCGGCGAUGCCUCCGAUCGUUCCCGAGACCACUCAGGCCACAACCACGUCGACCUUUGCCCCUUGGAGAACGAGUCGAAGGACCACUGUGCCGAGUACCUUAUAUCCGGAGUCGAGCUCGAACGGGCAGUGGUACGACUACGGCAGACAAGUGUGUCCCCCGGUGAUAGCCAGGAACCUGUCGUGGAACACGACCAGGGCGGGCGACGUAGCUGUUCAGAGUUGUCCGGGCGGCGCGAACGGUUUGGCGCGUUGGAGAUGCCUGGCCAGGGGAGACACGGCCUUCUGGCACAGGGACAGCCCGGAUCUGAGCGAGUGCCGCUCCGUUUGGCUGACCACGCUCGAGAACAGGGUGACGGAGGGCGACGUGAUCCUCGGGAUCAGCCGCGAGCUGUCGCAGGUGACCAACAACAGCAGAGGGUUGUACGGUGGCGACAUGAUGAUCACGACCAAGAUCAUCAAGAACAUGGCGGAGAAGAUGGCGCAGGAUAUAAGAACGUAUCAGGACGCGAAUCAGAGGGAGGUGAGCGUGACCGAGCUGCUCCAAGGUGUCGUGAGGACGGGUAGCAACCUGCUCGACAAGGCGCAAAUGGCGUCCUGGAAGGAUCUGAGCCAUCAGGAGCAGAUGAGAGUCGCGACCUCUUUAUUGAUCGGGCUCGAGGAGAACGCGUUUUUGCUCGCCGACACGUUGAUGCACGAGAAAACGAUCACUCACGAGGGAAGGAACAUACUGAUGGAAGUACGCGUGUUGGAUGCACGGAACAUCGGUGACGAUUUAGAGAUAUUCCCGACAGAGGCGGCUCAACAGAGGUGGACAGCCUCGAACGAUCGUGUCGAGUUAACUAGAGGAGCUUUGCUAGAGAACAGCGAGGGUGGCAUUGUCCGUUUGGUCUUCAUGGCCUUUGACAGGCUCGAGGAGAUCUUGCAGCCGCAAGCCGAGGUGUCAUCGUUGGUCAUGAACGACGAGCAGCAACCAUUACCGAAAAGGAACACGACCAGGCUUCUAAAUAGCAAAGUGAUCUCCGCGUCUUUAGGCAAAGGAAGGCAUAUUCAGCUUAACGAGCCUGUCAGAGUCUAUUUCAAGCAUCUAUCUAUAGAGAACGUUACCAAUCCGACUUGUGUGUUCUGGGAUUACAUCUUAAGCGCUUGGUCAGAGGAGGGUUGCGAAAUACGGAAAACCAACGAGACUCACACAGUGUGCGAGUGCAAUCAUCUUACGAAUUUCGCCGUUCUGAUGGACGUUCACGCUGUCAGAUUGGACAUAGCUCACCAGGUCGCGUUGCAAAUCAUCACAUACAUCGGCUGCAUCAUUUCCGUGGUUUGCCUGGUUCUAGCAAUUUUGACCUUUCAAUUAUUUCGCGGACUGAAGUCGGACAGAACGACCAUCCACAAGAAUCUCUGCGUGUGCCUGUUGAUCGCGGAAAUUUUAUUCGUUUGCGGAAUCGGGCAAACGAACCAGAGAAUUGUCUGCGGUAUCGUCGCUGGAUUAUUGCAUUUCUUUUUCCUCUGCGCAUUCGCCUGGAUGUUCCUCGAAGGCUUCCAAUUAUACGUGAUGCUGAUCGAGGUGUUCGAAGCGGAAAAAUCAAGGUUACGCUGGUAUUAUCUGAUCGCCUACGGUGCUCCGUUACUGGUCGUGGCCAUUUCUUGUAUAAUCGAUCCUCUCAGCUACGGAACCGAUCGAUAUUGCUGGCUACGGGCGGACAACUACUUCAUCUUCAGCUUCGUUGGACCAGUGAUACUCGUUAUAUUGGCGAACUUGGUAUUUCUUUCGAUGGCGAUUUAUAUGAUGUGCCGGCACGCGAACACAACCGUAGCGAUGAAGAGUAAGGAGCACUCACGAUUGGCCAGCGCAAGUGGAAAGGAAGAGAAUGCUCUUCCCAACAAAUUGCAAGCGCACUUGGCAUGGCUGAGAGGAGCGAUCGUCCUUGUCUUUCUGCUGGGACUCACCUGGACCUUCGGCCUUCUCUACUUGAACCAAGAAUCCGUAGCGAUGGCGUACAUCUUCACCAUAUUGAAUAGCCUGCAGGGGCUGUUUAUCUUUGUGUUCCAUUGCGUUCAGAACGAGAAGGUGAGGAAGGAGUACAGGAAGUUCGUGCGCCGCCACUCCUGGUUGCCCAAGUGCCUCAGGUGCUCCAAGACGGUGGCCGGAAGCUCCGGUGGCUCUUCCGGCACCAGCGGCGGCGGUGGUGGCGCGAAUGGCGGCAAGGACUUCGGCUCGCACAACACCUCGUCGAAUCCGUCCGCGCCCACCACGGACAGCUCCGGAUUGUCGCCGCACGCCGCCUCCAAUUACUUGGCGUCCGGUCGAAGCUGGGCGAUUGUCGAUAGGCAGCCGGCAGUAACAGCGCCACGUGAAUCCUCUUCGACAGAGGCUCACAUCGUGGCGACCCUGCCCUACGCCCGUCACGCCUUCUUACCCUCAGCUCCCAAUAUCCCCAAAUCUGCCACCGCCACUUGGGGCCACCUUAACAAAAACCUCAUGUGGAAGAACAUUUCUUUUAAAUCGUAUUCCCGGGACUCGGGGCACGGCGGUUCCGAGCAGGAAGACUCGCCCAGGACGCACAACACGAUGACCCUGGGCCACUCGGGGCGGAACCGCGGCGCUAGAGGGAUCAACGACGGGAACGAGAUGAGCGGCAACAGGACGACCGGCGGCGGCGGGGGCGGAGGCGGCGGAGGGGGCGGCAGGCGAGCCGCGUUGCCUUACAAGCACAAAUACACGGAGAUAAUCGACGGGCGCGUGAACGGGCCUGGCCAUCAUCAGCUGCACGCCCACCACGGCCAACACGUGCACCUGCCCCGGGAUCUCGCGAACGAGGACGAGCCCGUCUACGAGGAGAUCGAGAGGGGCGGUGGGGGAGGUGGGGGCGGCGAGAUCCAAGUCUCGGACAUGUCGGACGAGGACGGAAGGAGGCAGAGCGACAUGAGCAGGCAAUCGUCGAGAAGUUACGGCGAUCAUAGGCCGUUGAUCCCCUACUCGCCCGCCACGGACAGGAAUCUAAUGCAUUACGGGCAAACGUUGACGGAUCGCGGGGGCGGAGGUGGGAAUAAUAUCCAUUGUGACGAGUACAGCCCCGCGUUCGAGAGGACACUCAACACUUGUUGGGAGAAGCUGAGAAAGCAGCAGGCAUGGUACGAGAGGGGCGAGCUGCCCCGGCUCCCGGCCGGUUACGGUAUACCGCCCCAGCCGGACCACACGAGAACAGUGGCGGUUCUGGACGGGCACACGGUCGUCUGUCAUCUGCAGCCGCAGACGGACAUGUAUACGGGCCGCGGGAUGCCACCCCCUUCGUACAGCGAGUGUUAGGACGGCCCCCGGUGGCGCCGUCUCGUCGUCGUCCUCCUCCUCGUCUUCCUGCACGAAGGACGAUGGAUAAGCUUUCUCGGUCUCGGGGCGACGCCGUUUUCGCGGGGAACGAUCGAUGGAACGCGAUCCUCUUCGUUCAACGACGUUGUUACUCGAGGAUCGGAUUCUCCCGCGACACGCGCAUUCCUCGCAGAAGGAAUUCGCGCGAGAGAGAGGGGGACGAUCCCUCUUGAACAACGGUGGUUCGUUCCUGAUACGAAGAAAGGUCCACGAAGACGGUCGACGCGUCUCUCCACCUCUUCAGCGCGGACGAAGAAUCGUGAAAUCGAGUUUCUAGCUCAAACUUAAAACGCGACUCUGGUUGCCGCGUUUUUCUUAGCCAUAAGCGGGCGACGACGGCCCUCGCCGGCCUCGUUCUCGACUCUCCUUUGUUUCUGUUUCCGUUUAUAUAUAUAUAUAUAUUUUUUCCCCCCUUUUCGAAAAUUUGCGCGCAAGAAUCGGCGCGAGUCCACGCCAACGGACGUGUGUCUGUCGUGUCUCCAGUUCAACGAUCGUGCGAGUGUGUGCGACGAAAGAAAAGAGAAACGCCGAGGAUCUGUGUACGAUAGUGUGAAUUAUUACGAAAGAAAAAAAGAAAAAGAAAAAAAAAAAGAAAAAGAACAAUCACGAACAAACACCUUGUUGAAGUUAAUCGUCGUUGUACCGUCGAAGCCUGUGCUCGGGCUUUGGGAUUGGCUCAUUGACGCGGAUGUACGAUGUCGUACGGAGAACGAUAAAACGUGACGAGUCUUCUUCUAGGUUUACCUUAAGAUUUCCGCUCCUACAGGAAAACGCUUACAGAGCUCGAGGUUUCGAGGAGUAUUCGCGGAUUCAAUGAUUCGCACGAGAUGAUCGUUUAACGCUCGUAAUAAUAAAUAAUAAUAAUGUUGGAGAUUAAUUAUUUUUCCUUCCUUCCGUUCUUCAGGAUGUUGUUCCCUGUUUGUUCGUUACUCGAUUAUUAUUAAUCCUCGAAGCCUGUCCUCCUGUACGCGUUUACAGUAAGAUCGAGGUGAAAUUUCUUCCUCGAUGAUCUCGUCGAUGCUGGCUACGCUCGUUAACGAAGAGAGAAAAAGAAAAAAGAAAAAAAGAAACGAUUCGAGAAUAAUAAUAAUAAUAAUGAGACAUAUCGAGAUCGAUAAGAACAUACAUUUGUGGAUACACGAGGGUGGGGGGAAAAAAAGAAAUCGUUCGUUAACGGGUCAUUCGAUCGAGAGAGAGAGAAAAUUCGAUUUGGAUUUCCCCGGAAGGGAAUCAACGACGACACGAUAAAGGAAUCCGAAGCCCAUGUUUUCCUUUCGAACGUCUCGACUUUCAUCGAACCGGGGGGCGCACGGGGAUGGAGGGGGUGGGGAGGGGAGGGGGCGAGAGAAGGGAAGGGGGGAGGGACAGCGUUCGAUGACAUAUCGCGGAAUUGCUGAUCGAUAUCGAUAUCACCUCGCCAUAGGAAGAAGAAGUUAAAGUUAAAAGUUAUAAAAAUAAUCGAUCGACGCUUACUUCGAUUAAUCAUUAUCGCGUUACAUUAGUGAUCGUAUCGUAGAGUUUACUUCUAAAGUCGCUAAAGAUUUAGCUUUCGUGGAAAUUUCUGCGACACGAUCUGGAUUUCGGAAGGUAACGGAUUUAUUAUACGUGAGAUUAAAAAAAGAAAAAGAAAUAAAAAGAAAAUCUUCGAGUUCGAGAGACAGAAGAAAAGAAAAGAAAAAGAGAGGAAAGGAAUGUCCAAUGUUUUAAGAAAGGUUGUAGUUUAACGUUAACCGCGGUUAAAAGAGAGAAAAAAAAAAAAAAGAAGUACCUUUAUCGGUCGUCCCAGCCAGCUCCUCAUUGUACAUUGCUUUGGAACGUUACGUUUUAGUCCCAGAAUGUUAUUUUUAUAAA